AUGGAGUGCUGCCUUCACACGGAGUGCAGCCUUCGCACAGAGUGCUGCCUGGUAGUGCUGCCUUCGCAAGGAGUGCUGCCUUCGCAAGGAGUGCUGCCUUUGCAAGGAGUGCUGCCUUUGCAGAGGGUGCUGCCUUCGCAAGGAGUUCCGCCUUCACAAGGAGUGCUGCCUUCGCUAGGAGUUCUCCCUUCGCUAGGAGUGCUGCCUUCGCUAGUAGUGCUGCCUUCGCAGGGAGUGCUGCCUUCACAAGGGAUUGUGCCUAUGCACGUAGUGCUGCCUUUGCACGGAGAGCUGACUUUGCAAGGAGUGCUGCCUUCGCACGGAGAGCAGCCCGCACACGUUGUGCUGCCCUCGCACGGAGUGCUACCUUUGCACAGAGUGCUGCCUUCGCAAGGAGUGCUGCCUUUGCAGGGAGUGCUGCCUUCGCAUGGAGUGCUGCGUUUUCACAGGGUACUGCCUUUGCACAGAGUGCUGCCUUUGCACAGAGUGCUGCCUUUGCACGGAGUGCUGCCUUCGCACGGAGUGCUGCCUUCGCAAGGAGUGCUGCCUUUGCUUAGAGUGCUGCCUUCGCAAGGAGUGCUGCUUUCGCAAGGAGUGCUGCCUUUGCACAGAGUGCUGCCUUUGCAGGGAGUGCUGCCUUUGCACAGAGUGCUGCCUCCGCAAGGAGUGCUGCCUUUGCAUGGACUGUUGCCUUCGCAAGGAGUGCUGCCUUUGCAAAGAGUGCUGCCUUCGCAAGGACUGCUGCCUUCGCUAGGAGUGCUGCCUUUGUUAGGAAUGCUGCCUUCGCAGGUAGUGCUGCCUACUCAUGGAGUGCUGCCUUCGCAAGGAGUGCUGCCUUCGCAAGGAGUGCUGCCUUCGCAAGGAGUGCUGCCUUCGCAAGGAGUGCUGGCUUCGCACGGAGUGCAGCCUUCGCACGUAGUGCUGCCUUCGCAGGGGGUGCUGCCUUUGCACAGAGAUCUGCAUUCGCAGGGUGUGGUGCAUUCGCAAGAAGUGCUGCCUUCGCAAGGUGUGCUGCCUUCGCUAGGAGUCCUGCCUUCAAAAGGAGUGCUGCCUUCGCAAGGAGUACUGCCUUCGAAAGGAGUGCUGCCUUUGCAAGGAGUGCUGCCUUCGCUAGGAGUGUUGUCUUCGCAAGGAGGGCUGCCUUCGAGAGGAGGGCUGCCUUCACAGGGAGUGCUGCCUUCGCAAGGGGUAAUGCAUUCGCAAGUAGUGCUGCCUUCUCAGGGAGUACUGCCUUUGCAACGAGUGCUGCCUCCCAAUGAGUGCUGCCUUCGCAAGGAGUGCUGCCUUCGCACGGAGUGCAGCCUUCGCACAUAG